AUGGCGGUGGCCGCAUCGUCUGGGGCCUUGGGGCCGCUCUGCGCGGGCACCUCGGGAGCCGCCCCGCCCGCCGCGCGGGAGGGCGGGGCGCGGCGGAGGGCCCGGGGGGGCCCCGCACGGCGCGGUGGCCACGCCGUGUGGUGGGUCUCCCUGCAGGGGCUCGGGUGCUUGGGCUACCUGGUGCCAGGGCCGCCUCUGACAGCACCCGGCGCCACCCACCGCCCAUCGCCCACCGGCUCCCGCGCUCGAGCCGGCUCCCCGCGCGGCGCGCGCUCCCGGCUCGGGGCGCACUCCCCGGGGCGCCUCGAGAGGCCGCCCUGA